AUGGAAAACAUGAAAUAUCGGUAUAUUUACGAGUACGAGUUCUACCGUGGCACCAGUGCUGCAGAAACAGCUCGAAGGAUUAAUGUGUACGGCGCUGGUGUCGCAAAAGAAAGCACGUUACGAUUUUGGUUUCAACGUUUUCGUUUUGAAAAUUUCGACCUUCAGAACCAACCCUGUGGACGGCCGGAGACCAAAGUGGAAAAUGAAGAAUUAAAGGCUAUUGUGGAAGCGGAUUCAUUACAAAGCACUUCAGAGACAGCUGUAGCCUUCGGGGUUAAUGAUAAAACUGUAUUAAUCCACAUGAAGCAAAUCGGGAAAGUUAGACGAGCUACAAUUGGUAUGUCUGCGCCAUGCAACGUACGCCCCGGACCUUGCUCUAACAGAUUACCAUUUUUUCCGGAAUUUGGACCACUUCUUACAAGAAAAAAAAAUCAAUACCGAUGCGGCAGUCCAAACCACCUUCAAAGAGUUUAUUAA